CUCUGUUGUUCAGUACAAAUUGAAGGAAACCAACACCGACAAUUAAAACGGAUAGAAAGUCAACAUUUCGUUUCGAAAUACCGAACCUAUAUACAAAAUUCACACCAUAUUUGUUGUAAUUUACUUCGAAGUACCUCAGACGUAAAAAGGUUUCUUUUUUUUGAAAACCAUGCUAGCAAUGCUAGCUAACUAGCCAGCGUCUCGUCGCCUCCUCUUCAUCUUCAUGGGUUUCUGCUGUUGAGUCUGCCAGGCUUGUGCUGGAGGCAGCGGGGCAGCAAAUUAAUGCCAUCGGCCAGGAACUCAGGUCAUAUUAUGAGUGGGGCGAGUUGCAAAGCUAACGGCGCCGUGUACCCUGCCUCGUCAGCCAUGAUGAACUCUGUGAAGAAGCCGAAGAUGGAGCAGAUCCAGGCCGACCAUGAGCUGUUCCUACAGGCCUUUGAAAAACCAACUCAGAUAUACAGAUUUCUUCGCACAAGAAACUUGAUUGCACCAAUAUUUUUGCACAGGACGCUCACCUUCAUGUCUCACAGAAACCGUCGAACAAAUGCUAGAAGAAAAACAUUCAAAGUGGAUGAUAUGUUGCAGACAGUUGAGAAGAUGAAGGGGGAGCAGGAUUCUCCAAGCUUGUGUUCACAUCUACAGUUAACUUUCACUGGGUUCUUCCAUAAGGAUGAAAAGCCAUCACAGAAUUCAGAAAAUGAACAAAAUUCCGUGUCCUUAGAGGUGCUACUCAUCAAAGUCUGCCAUAAAAAACGCAAGGAUGUCAGCUGCCCAAUUAAGCAAGUGCCUACAGGUAAAAAGCAGGUGCCUUUGAAUCCUGACAGCAACCAAACCAAGCCUGGCUCCUACCCUUCCUUACUGGUGUCCAGCAACGAGUUUGAGCCCAGCAACAGUCACAUGGUGAAGUCGUACUCACUCCUGUUCAGAGUGUCACGCACAGGGAGAAGGGAUACAAACGGUCUGGUUAAUGGAGAGGCCAAUGAAAACAUUGAUGUAACAGAUACUCCCAGUAGAAAGAAGAGAAGUUCAUCCCACAGAGAGGAGGGAGAGGCCACAGAGACUUAUGUUGCACAGAUGACUGUUUUUGAUAAAAAUAGGAGAUUGCAGCUGUUGGAUGGAGAAUAUGAGGUAUCCAUGCAAGGGAUGGAGGACAGCCCUGUCAGCAAGAAGAGGGCAACAUGGGAAACCAUUCUUGAUGGAAAAAGACUGCCACCAUUUGAGACAUUUUCUCAGGGACCCACAUUGCAGUUUAUCCUGCGCUGGACAGGUGAUGCCAGUGGAAAGUCUACUGCUCCUGUGGCCAAACCCCUUGCUACCCGCAACUCAGACAGCUACACCCCCAUGGAAACAAGGACCAGCAACCACCGAGCUGCCCUCAUGACAGUGAAAGAGUCAGUCAGCACAGACAUUCAGACGAGGAAAGAGCAGGUCCCGUGUGAACCUCGGCAGAAGCUACGUAUUUUUUAUCAGUUCUUGUACAACAAUAACACACGGCAGCAAACUGAGGCGAGGGACGAUCUUCACUGCCCAUGGUGUACCCUGAACUGCAGUAAACUCUACAGCUUGCUCAAACACCUCAAACUCUCCCACUCCCGCUUCAUCUUCAACUAUGUGCCUCACCCCAAAGGAGCACGGAUAGAUGUUUCUAUCAAUGAAUGCUAUGAUGGCUCGUACGUUGGCAACCCUCAGGACAUCCACAGCCAGCCAGGCUUUGCUUUCAGCCGCAAUGGGCCAGUAAAGAGGACCGCUGUAACCCACAUACUGGUUUGCAGGCCCAAGAGGACCAAACCAAGUCUGUCAGAGUUCCUGGAGUCUGAGGAUGGAGAGCUGGAGCAGCAGAGGACCUACGUUAGCGGACACAACAGACUGUACUUCCACAGUGACAGCUGCAUGCCUCUGAGACCCCAGGAGAUGGACCUGGACAGCGAAGAUGAGAGAGAUCCAGAGUGGCUCAGAGAGAAGACUGCCACGCAACUGGACGAGUUCACAGAUGUUAAUGAGGGGGAGAAGGAGGUGAUGAAGCUGUGGAACCUGCACGUCAUGAAGCAUGGUUUCAUAGCUGACAACCAGAUGAAUCAGGCCAUCAUGCUUUUUGCUGAGAACUGUGGCGCUCACAUCAUCCGCCGAAGCCUCUGCCGCAACUUCCUCCUGCAUCUGGUGAGCAUGCAUGACUUUAACCUCGUCAACACAGCCACCAUCGACCGUGCAAUGGCCCGUCUAAGACAGAUCCAGGAGGAACUGCCCGACACAGAGGAAGAGCAGCAGGACCAGAUUCCUGUUUUAGCCGGAGCCUGCAACGGAAACGCCGUCACGUCCUCGGGUGGUAAACAGGGCAAGAGGACAAAAAGCGCACUAACGGACUGAUAAAGGCUGGAUGGAACAAUGAUUGUCAUUGUGUUUUGUUUUGUUUUGUUUUUUUGUUUGUUUUAUUUUUCUUCUUUAAUGAACAUUACCAACCCUUUGGUGCUUAGAUAGGUGGGAGGACUGGUCUCUUGGGGAUCUGACCUGAAGCAGACCAGCAUACAAGGUAAACAAGUUUUUGGAACUUGAGAAUUGAACCAAAUAUGAACAGUAUAAACAUGAAUCACCCACAUCUACUCAAACCAGGAUUCUGAGGACUGGAUGAUGAACCUACUGUGUAUGUAUUUGUAGGUGCCACUGAAGUCUCUUAUCUGUGUUUGGGUAAGAGUGUGAACAAACUGAGAGUCUUCUGGCGUGGCACAACUGUCCUCUGUAUGUCCUUGUAAUAGAAAACUGUAUGGAGAGUACAGUUAAAGCCAGGCUGUCACUGUUGAGUAUUUGUACACAUACACAAUAACUUUGUUGGAAACUUAUCCUUUUAGCUGAUUAUUUUAGCACUUGGUGUUUGUAUUUAGGAAGCUUACCUUGAAUUUGUAUUUUUUUAAUUCAUGCUGCACCAAAAUGUUUAAAUGCAGCUUUUCUGCUGUUGUCAGCAGAGAAACUUUAGUGGGUUUGAUUUCACAUUUGUGAAUGAUGUUUCAUUUGAAGGGUCAUACAGUUAAAGGGAUAUUUCAGGAUUUUUGAAGUUGGGUUGAGGUAGUUGGCUAUAGUAUUGGCAUUAGCCUCCAGUGAGUUCAGUGAAAGUUGCCCCUGUGGUUAUUACGAGCUCAGAAAAAUCUGGGGCAUAGUGGCUGUAGGUGGGAUCAUUUUAUCUACAUAGUUUAACCAGUUUUACACAAAAAUGGGCCAAGAAAAUGAUAACCACAGGGGCAACUUUCACAGAAAUGCCACUACAAUAGCCAAGUACCUCAUACGACCCAACUUCAAAAAUCCCGACAUAUCCCUUUAAGAUAAAGUGAUAGUGUCAAGAAUAUAUAAAGCCUUCAAAGCUUGUGUUUGGAGCCUAAUACGGACUGUUGGUUUUGCUGGUAGGCCACCUCGAAGAGGAUAAACUCCUACAUCAUUACCCCUAAGCCUUUUGGCCCGCAUUGAAAUGGCUCAAGGAAAGCCAGGGAACUUGUCUGAUAUUUUUCCUCCCUAAGAUUAACUGAAACAACCAGCAGAUCAUCAUCCCAUGUAUCAUGUAGUGUGCAUAGUGAGCGAGAUGUAAAAAGCCAACAGCUCUCUAAAGCUGCUGGCACCUGUAGUUUUUUAUGCUGAAGGUCUAAACAUGUUGGAAGUUUCAACAUAACUACCAGUAGCUGAUUGACAGAAAUGUGUAUACAUGUAAUUAUAUCAAAUGUUUAGCUGUGCCCCAUUCUGACCCCCAAUACUGAACAGACUACAGUUCUUCUCUCAAAGCAAUAUGCUGUUUAUUAUUUGUUUUUCAGGUCUAAGUUCACUCUCUGUUCUUUUAGGUGCAGUUUAUGCCAAAGGGUAAAAUAUUCCACCAGUCUUUUAGUUCAGAUUUUUCGGAGUAUUUUCUUUGUUCAUUUCCAUGAGGGUUUUAAAAAACUGACACUAGUUGUGUUUUUGUAGUGUGCACAUGGAUCAGGUAAUCAUCAUGAUUCACUAUUUUAUCAGACUUUCUUGAUGGAAACCAGAACAACAAUAUUUUUCCUGCUUCCAGUAUUCAUGGAGGGAUUUCUGUAUUAAUCUGGAAAAAGGGAGACAUUUUCACCAUUAUUGUCUAAACACCCUGUUUCAACAAUUACGAACUGUACACUCUGGCUAAGGGGAUUUUUAUAUUUAAAUAAAUAAAAUACA